AUGACCCGCACAACCAAAGCCAACGACAUCCCCCACAACAACCCAGAAGUCGCCAGUCUUAUGACCGAGGCUCAUUACCCCAAAUUCUUUGCCAAAUCCGGCUUUGUCGACACUGCCCCCUCAAAGACAAAGAAAGACGGCGGUGGCAAAGGCAAUUGGGGCCACCCAGGUGACGAACUCGAAGACUUGGACGAGUUCAACAUGACCCGUCCACGUCGCUACUCGAACACCAGUCCGACUAACACCCAUUUCGGAUUGAAAUCAAAAUUCGAGGCCCACGAUGAGGAUCCUCUCUUUGAUGAGGAACGUCACGGACCUGUUCCCGAAGAACACGUUACCACUACGACUGCCGCCGUCGUCAAUGGCAAUGGUGCUUCUGCUGAAGAGUCUUCUACUGCCGCUCCUGAGGCUUUGAAGGCUUAG